AUACAUACUAGUACACAACCUGAUCCACAUUGAUUUCAAAUGCCGUCCAUUCUGGCUUUCCACUUGCUUACGUAAAUCUGUUAUUCAGAAGGUAUUAUGCAGACUGGUUUGGAGAUGAAGGUUGAUUUCAGGGCUGUAAAAGGGAGCUCAAACUGGGGAUACAACAGACCAUUUUUUUUCAUCUUUAUUUGUUUUUAACUCUUUCGAACUACGGAGUCUUUAUACAUAAAGAGUGCUACAAAAUGAUAAUCUGAGGGAGAAUACAGACUUGACCUAGCAUGCUGUGAUGUUAGACCUAAAUACAAGAAAACUGACCUGCACUGUUGGAUUUGGUACUCAGACCAGUUGUUUUCUCAGACAUAGUAAGAAAGAGGAGUAAACAGUAAGGUGGAUUUUCAAAAAAUACACUUUAAAACAAAGAACAGGAAAAGGGAAAUAUAUGCAUCUUUGGACUGAUGAAAGUUAAGCUAUGGGUAAAACAGAAGAAGCUGCAGUUAAGAAAUACAUUGAGUGGGAAAAAGCAAGAUCUGUCUAUGAAGAGCACAAAAAAAUCGUCUACAAACUUGGCUCAGACUAUCAGUCUGUUUGCAAGAACACAAAAUCCAACAAGGAAGGAUUCAAACAGCUUCAGAGAAUUAUACAAGACUGCUGGCUCCAUCUGGAGGAUUUGAGGAAAAAGAUGGAGGCUGAAGCGUUUCAAGAAAAGACACCUCCCGAGAAGAGAGAGAGGCUGGUGAAUCUGACAAAAGCCUUUGCAGACAACGCUAGAAAACGUAAGGCACAAGCAAAGAAGGAAGCAGAGCUAAUGCAGAAAUACACAGACAUGCGCAAAAAUGUUGUCCUGGCAGAAACGGAGCGCAUGGACGUCGACAUCAAAAUAUAUCACGAGGAAAACCACCACAUCCGAGAUUCUGUCCACCUGGCCAUUCAAAGCUACAAGGAACCGCUACAUCAGACUUUUUUACGAAUCAUGCACAGCGAAGGCACGUGCAUUGCAUGCUACUCGUGUUGUGCUUACUGCUGCUAUUCGGAACCAAUGUACGGAGUUUACGAGGAUUUAAAAACACGUAUAGAGAUGCUGGUGCAGAGGAAAUUUGUUUACUAAGGAGUCUGUGCCCAAGAAACUUUAUAGCACUUUCAGGGUCUCAGAAUGUUACUGCACAAAACAGAAACAGUGGCCAGAAACUGAUAAAUUUAUACAUUCUGACUCGAACAUUGUCUCAAUUUCAUAGGUAUUUGGCAUGUGUCGAUUAUUUAAGUAGCAACAUGUACUAUUCGUAUUAGUCAUACGACACUAUUGAUUGUCAUUUGACAUACAACAAGUCACAGGACACUUGACAGUUUGACAUUAUCAUGACAAUUUUAAUACAGGUCUAUCACUUGGCAGGAGACAAGAAAAAUACUUAUCACUUAAAUGACACCAAAAAAAAACAUAUUACUUAAAUGACAUCAAACUAUCAUUUUUUUAACUCACUCAUUCAUUAAUUGACACAAAUCUGACACUUCACAUCUACUUACCAGUCUUAGGACAGACACAGCUAUAGUCAUUGACAUUAUCUUGACACUUUGACACUUUUACACACGUCUUCUUACCAGUUGUAGGACAGACACAGCUGAAGACAAUGACACUAUAUUGACACUGACAUUU